CAAGAAUGACGUUUUCAAAUUCCAACUCUCAUCUUGUGAGGUGUUGAUUUUAAAUAAAUUUAUUUAUCUCAUAAUAUAAUAGACUAUAGCAAUUGAGUUUAUACCAGUACCUAUUUAAACUUUAUAUAGAUUUGUUAAAGAAUAUUGUGAUGAUAUUUGAACUUUAACCCAAUUCAAAAAGACUCGAAAGUCGAAACCAUAGAACGUAAUCUUUAGAUUACUUAGGUAUUUCAAAAAGUUACAACUAUUUGCGGGCCAUUAAUAAAACCCACAAAGAUGCAAUUAACAGUUGACCCCAGACGUGCUGAUCGCGAGCGGCGCUACAAACCUCCACCACCAAACUCUGCUCCUGCGGAAGAUCUGACAACCGAUUAUAUGAACAUACUUGGUAUGGUAUUUUCCAUGUGUGGUCUGAUGAUGCGACUGAAGUGGUGUGCUUGGACAGCUGUAUUCUGUUCCAGUAUUAGUUUUGCAAAUUCGAGAGUAUCAGAUGAUACUAAACAGAUUAUCAGUUCCUUUAUGUUAUCCAUAUCUGCAGUUGUUAUGUCGUAUCUACAAAAUCCAGCACCAAUGUCUCCACCAUGGGCUUCACUUACAACAUAAUAGACAAAAUUAUAACAUUUCAUCUUGGAGACAGUAAAUAUUUAAAGAAUAAUAAUUUAUCAAUAAAUAAAUUUAUAUUGA